AACAUUUAUGGAAAAUAAACGGUCCCUGAACACUUCUUACCGGAAGUUAUACCAACGUGCUUGAAUCGUGUUUUGUUUGUGCUAAUUCACGGGAAGGCGUUGCAUAUUUUGCGCAGUCACAUCAUGGCAUCUGCAUUAGAGAGCUAUGUUAAUAAAACAGUGUCAGUGGUGACAGCUGAUGGUCGGAUCAUUGUGGGAACUCUUAAAGGUUUUGACCAGACUAUCAACCUGAUUCUGGACGAGAGUCACGAGCGUGUAUUCAGCAUGUCACAGGGCAUGGAGCAGGUUGUCCUUGGCCUCUAUAUCGUCAGGGGAGAUAAUGUAGCUGUGAUUGGUGAAAUUGAUGAUGACACCGAUUCUGCGAUGGACUUCAACAACAUCAAAGCCGAGCCCCUUAACUCCGUGGUUCACUGACCCAGUGGCGCUGAAACCUGUGCCUGCGUUAGCUGACCGAUGGACGUGAGACUCAGGAUGUGUCAUGAACAGAAUGAACAGUUUGGCCAUGUUCUACAGACUGUGUGAUGCCUGGUAUCACCUCCUGUCCAUCUGUACUGAGUCUCGGCGGACACCUCUGGACAAGAGGCAGUGCUCCAUCAGCAACGGCUGCAUAAUGGAAGUGGAACAUUUUAAGAAUGAGAGCAACUUAUUUUAAUGCUGUCGUGAUUAACAUAAUUUUAUUUGUGUAAAAAUGAUCUACCUGUCAAACAAGGUACAAUAUGAAAUGGAUAAUAAUAACAUGUUAUUGACUGAAAUAGGAUCUAAUUAACGUGAAAGUGAGGAAAUGUCUGAGAAGGAUGUACAUUCCAUGUCGUAGGUGGUCUUGUUGACCUCAUUUUUAUAGGGACCUGAUGCAGUGCUUCAGAUUGUUUUGGAUGCUCACUGGCCAAGUGGCUCUUCUGUCUGUCGAAACAACGGGUCAGGAAUCAGAAAUAUAGGGCCAGGGGAUCCAUAUUGUUUGGAAAUGAUCGGCACAAGUACUAUUUUUCACUUAGUCCAUUUGAACCACUGGUCUGUGCAGAGUUGCGUCCCUUACUCAUGCCAGAAACCUAUGAUGAUGGGUUCAAAUCCUAAAUAUGCAGUGAUGAUGUUUCUAGGUUUGUCAGCACUAUACCUAAGACCUGCAUCACUUUGGGUUUUCCGCCCACGCCAAGCUGACAUGACUGAUAUAACUGACAUACUGUUCAAAACAGCGUUAGCCUCAACACACUCACUGAAGAAGAGCUGUUUAACUACUGUGGCAUCUGAGGAACGUGGUCAGUAUUGAAAGAUGUUUCCGUACAAGUACUACUUACAAAGAUCAUGACGCCUCACCACUGCUCACUGUGUCCGGUUCUUGUUACUUCAUAUAUUGUGAAUAUACAAUUGAACAGAUUUAAUAAUCAUUUUAUGUCUUUGCUGAAAGCGAUAUGAGAGAAUAUCAACAAGAAGGGUCUUCCAAAAUCAGACCAUUCAUUUUAACAAUCUCAUUAAAAUCAGACCUUAGUUCUUGCUAACGCUAAACAAAGAUCUGAAGACAUCCCAUUAGGGGUCACGUCAGAACGACCUUUCAUCCAACCAAUGAGAGCGUCGCUUACCAGAUCAUGAAAGUGACAGUCGGAAUGUGAUUUCUAAUCAUACAACCUCGAAAACGUUAACACAGGGUAUUCCGAACGAUAGUUACAGGUUUAAUGACUGAAUCCAUUCAAUCUAGACCAUCCAUUAGCCAUUCCAGAAUGUUCUUUUGUUAAGGUUUCAAAAUUUGUAAUCGAGAAUUUGUCAAAAUAUGUUUCGAAGCGUG